AUGUCUCCUCACAAAACUGCUUCGCCUGCCGGCAGUUGUCAUCAAGACGAUCUGCAACUUCCUUCUGUCUCUCUUCUUGCCCGACCAGCGACACUGACCCACUCAAUUUCUUCCGAAUCAUCCUACAACCCAUCUCCCCGGAGCGCAUCUGUUUCCUCGCUGGACGACAUGCCCAUCAUGAAUAGACCGUUGAGACCAGGUGUAUACGUGCCGACGGUGGCAUUUUUCAAGAACAACGAGGAUCUCAACCCCGAUGCGAUAGGAAAACAUGCUGUGAGACUCGCCAAGGCUGGUGUGGCUGCGAUUGCAACGCAAGGUUCCAACGGCGAAGCAGUACAUCUCACCCAUCAAGAAAGACAACAGGUCACUCGCAUCACACGCAAGGCUUUGAACGAUGAAGGAUUUGACUCCCUGCCAGUCAUCGUGGGCUGUGGCUCGCAGUCGACUCGCGAAACGAUCGAGCUUUGUCAAGACGCCCUAGCUUCUGGAGGCGACUAUGCCCUAGUUCUUCCUCCGUCCUACUACAAGCCAUCCCACAAGCCAGACACGAUAGUCGGAUUCUUCAGAGAUGUUGCCAACGCAUCUCCCAUCCCCAUCAUCAUUUACAACUACCCAGCAGCGGUGGCUGGCAUCGACCUCAGCUCGGACGUAAUCAGCGAGCUCUCCAAGCAUCCCAACAUCGUUGGCUGCAAGCUCACAUGCGGAAACACCGGCAAGCUGACUCGGAUCGCCGCAGCCACAAAUGCAGCCACACCCGCAGAUGCCGGCUCCAGUUUCAUGUGCAUGGGCGGUUCUGCAGACUUCACUUUGCAGACGCUGAUUGUCGGUGGAUCUGGAGUCAUCUGCGGGAUCGGCAACGUUGCGCCCAAAGCCUGCGUCAAGAUCGUGGACCUGUUUGCGGCCGGGAAGCUGGCGGAGGCUAAAAAGCUGCAAGCUGUUGUGGCCCGUGGUGACUGGGCCGCUAUUUCUGGAGGCAUCGUAGGCACGAAGAGCGCGUUGGAUACGUACUUCGGGUACGGAGGCAUCGCACGCAGGCCUUUGCCUCGAGUGACCAAGUCAGAGGCUAUAAAAUUUGCCAGUGAUUUCAAGGAAAUUGUGGAGUUGGAGAAAAGUCUGUCAUGA